AUGUUGAGAAUAACUACGCUGCAAACUUUCCUAAAGCCAUGGAUCCUGUCGCCCCUUCACAGACGACUGGAAUCCCAAUACCUAAAACCAGAGAGAGUUUCAACUUUCCCAGAGCUGGGAAAAAAGUUCAACAUCCUGUUUUUCUCAAACAAACAUAACAGCCUCAGUCAAAGAAUGGCACUGGAAUUAACAAAGAGACAACAUAACAUUCAAGUGAAUGAAAUCAACGAACCAUCAGAGAUGAUCCAUCUUGCGGAGCAUGUCCAACCUGAUCUAAUUCUUUGUCCGUUCCUCACCAAACGAAUCCCAGAGCAAGUGUAUUCUAACACAAGAAUUCCUUGCUGGAUUGUUCAUCCUGGAGUCGAGGGUGACCGUGGUGCAAGCUCGAUCGACUGGGCACUAUAUGACAGGGAAGACGAAUGGGGAGUGACUGUAUUACAAGCUGCCGAGGAAAUGGACGCAGGAGACAUUUGGAGCACUAAGAACUUUCAAAUCAGGCGACGAAAUAUCAACACACUGACCAAGUCGAGCUUGUAUGUCAACGAAGUCACUCAAGCAGCGGUUGAAGCUGUACUUGAGGCAAUUGAGAAUCUAUCAGAGGGAACAUCACCACGACCUCUUGAUAACAGUAAUCCAAACGUACGAGGCACCCUUCGCUCAAACAUGACCAAAGUUGACCGCUCUAUCAACUGGGACAUGCCAGCAGAUGAGAUAGCUUGUCAGAUACGUAUGUCUGAUUCAUCACCAGGAGCUCACGCCUGUUUUCGCACCAGCCAAGGCGCCGAGGACAACGAAUGGACCAAGGCGUUUCGUGUCUUUGGAGCGCACUUGGAGAAAGGAAAACUCCGAUUUCUGCCUGGAAAACCUGGAGAGAUACUGGGUCAACGUCAUGGAUCUCUUCUUGUGAAAUGUGGUAGGGGAGCUGUUUGGGUGUCACAUCUCAAGAGAGACAAGCUAAAACUUCCUGCCAACAUGUGGCUA